UGGGAGACCGGCGUCGAGGAGUUCCAGGAGUACAACACUGAUGCCCUCUGGGGCGCACUUGGGCUGGCGGACACCCGACUCCUCCCCUCUUUCAACCCUGUCCAGGACGCACGGGACGAUGCCUCGGAGCGCGUGGACCCCUGGGACACGGAGAAUUGGGCCUCUUUCCUCGCUAGCGGUGAGGGCGUCAAGCUGGAACCGCGAUGGCACCAACUCGUCGGCCUCGUCAAGAUCAUGCGCCACGUCAUCGAGGGCAAGCCACUCCUGCUCAUGGAUCAGGUUGGUGUCGGCAAGACGCUGCAAAUUGUGGCUGCCAUCACCACCUACGGCCUCUUCCAUCGCUACUUCCAGACUCAUAAGAAGUUUCCUGGAGCGUACGCUGGCAUGCGAGCCCCAACCCCAGACGGGAAUCUGCCCGACGUUUUCCAUCUCGUCUGUGUUCCUCCCUCCCUUUUCAUUCAAUGGCAGCAAGAGAUCCGUCGCUACGUGAAGCACGGGGCUGUUGAUCUCUUUCCAUACGAGGGC